AUGGAGAACCCGGACAUUGACGACCUGGAUGAAUUUGAUGAUGAGGACGAAGAGCUCGGAUGGUCUUUGAGCUACCUUGUGAUUUGCAUCCUGAUGCCCUUGUUCAACGGCUUUAUGAAUGGCUAUAGUUGGUCGGGCUAUUCUUUGCACUACAUCGAAAUGGGAUGGCCCUUGGCGAGGUCCGGAUUGUCUUGCCUCAUUGGCUUCCUGUUGCGGCCCGUUUUGCAGCAAGUUCAAAUCCGCUUGGGCUUGUGGGCAGUGGUCCCCUUGACCUUGGGCCACCUGGCCUGUGCUGUCGUGGGGCUGAUCUACACGGACAAGGAGUGGGCCGUGAGCAUCGAGAUGGGCAGUUGGAUCGCCUUUGAGCCCGCUAUUGCCAUCGAGGGCUUGGCCUUCGACGUUUUCGGGAAAUCCGAACUCCUGGCACGGCAGGCCUCGUCCACCCUGUUAGCCGUCUUCACCUUCGCAUGUGCCUUAGGGGUGACAAUCGGUGGUUUCAUCUAUGAUUUGGCCGGUUGGCAGGGCAUGUCCGUGUUUCAUGUGGUGUGCCAAUCCUCGAUGGUCUUCCUCUUUGCUACCCAACCUUCAACUUUCAUCUCUUUCCGCGAGUUCUUCCAUCGGCCCGACCCGCUGGUGGACGGCUCUGAUGACUCCGAGCUCCACACCGUCGUGCCCGCGACUCCCACGGCGCCUCCCCCCACCUCGCAGGGCGAAGACCUGGUCGUGGAAGAGGUCGCGGCCAUUCCGCAACUCCCUGGGACGGUGGACGAGGCGAGUACCGUGAGCCAGAAGGCCGAGGUCGUCCACCCGGCCGGUGUGCGGCAAAGUGCCGCGAGUACCGUGAGCCAGAAGGCCGAGGUCGUCCACCCGGCCGGUGUGCGGCAAAGUGCCGCGAGUGCCGUGAGCCAGAAGACCCAGCGAAGCACUCACCGAAGCACUCACCGAAGCACUCGCCGAAGUGGCCAAGGGCGAGCAAGCAGAGUGGAGUGGAGCGUGACGCGUGACCAUGUGCGUCCUUCGGUGGCUUCAGAGGCAUCGCGCCUCACCAAGCGGACCGAGGCUCGCUCCCACAAGAGCUUUCACACCGUGAGCAGCAAAGGCAGCAAAGGCACCUUCCUGUCAAAGGUCACAGGUGUGACCAACUUGAAAGAUUCGGAGAACUUGGAGCAUACCUUUCUGGCCAACAAUGCUCUUCGACCCACGGUUCUGGCACGAGCCGGAGGCGAAGAUGAGGCUGGAGAUGAGGAUGCGACGAAGACCAAGACCAAAGGCAUCCCGAAGGAUUUGCGAAUUCCUGCACUAUUGACUGUGAUGUGCUGCUUGAACAACAACCUCAGCUACGUCUUAGAGUUUAGCACCUUUGCCAUGUUUUUCAAACAGUACCAUGGCUGGAACUCGGCCCUGUGGGCCAGUUUGGCCCAGUCCGCAGGAGACUUGACAGCGGCUAUCAUGAUGAAAGUGCUGGGUGCUGCUACGGAUGAUGAUGAAGAAGCGGGAAUCCUGCGGCGUUUGACCAAGCAACCCUACAGCUUGUCUUGCCUCCUCUUUAUAUGGAUGCUUUGCAACUUGGGCAUGACCAGCCCUUGGUUGCCAUUGGCAGUGACGGCGCAGGUGAUCAUGGGGACCGUGUAUGUCUACACCUCCAAGCUCACAACUGACCUGAAUCUCUUCUACUCCCUUGGUGAUCAGUCCCUGUUCCUUAACCUUCAGGUUUGGUGCAAGAAUUUGGAAGCUCUUGGAGGCUGUACAGCUAGCUUCCUGGGCCCCUUCCUCUUUGAAACGGUCUCGCCCUUCUUCCCCUUCUUCGUGAGCGCGACCCUUUCGCUGGUGACCUUCAUCCUCUUCACCUCAGGCUUUUGCCAGCGCUUGGGCUUCCCACCGGAUGUCGAGGUGGCUGAGGCGCAGCGUUCGCGGCGCUUGGGCUUGCGACGCGUGAGCCAGUGGAGCGUGGUCAGCCGGAAGAGCCAUGCAGAAGUACCGGAAGAAGCGACCUGA